AGAGGGCAAGCGCCUUUUUUUCCUCCUUCUGAUGAACUGUUUGUUCAGGGUGGGUGCAGGGCAGCAAGUGGGAUGGAUGGGUGGAGGGAGGGACUAACAGGGUGAGGGAGAGGGAGGAAUGAAUGGUUAUUACACAGUUAGUCGAUGCACUAACGCACUUACGGGGCAGUAUGCAGAGAGAACGUGUGUGUGGGGGGGGUUGCACUGAGGGUGUAAAAGAUCCUUUGUGAAAGCUGGGAGUUAAUCACUUGAGCGGCACACGCCGGUUCUAUGGGAGCACAUGUUACACACCAGCUCCCCAGGGAGGAGUGGGAGGUCUCUAUCUCUCACACACUCUCGUUUUGGUGCACACAGAUACACAACUGAAUUUCCAUAUCAGUUAUGAUGCAAAACUCGGCACAAGCUGACUAGACAAGCUGGAAGACCCACCCUCUUUUAUCUGGAUGGUUAGCAGACCCUCCUGGCCAGGGUGGUAGUGUUUGUAUUUGCACCUCGUCCAUUCAUACAUGCACACAUGCCUGGCUGCUUGUUUCCUUCAGGACUGGAUGGAUGACUCUGUAGGGGCUUGGCAAGAUAUGGGUGCUUAGUUUGGCCUGGCAUUUCUACUACACACUCUUGCUGAUGGUGCUGUGAUUCUCCUCAUCAUGACACGUGAGAUGAGGCCAAUGUCAGAAAUUUCCUGGUGUCAUGAGACGUGUCACCCAUACAGUUCUUUGUAAGUUUUCCAUCUGGACCUGUCGACACCUGUGCUUGCAAGACCAUGGGUAGCGUCAGCAGCCUUGUUGCUGGAAACAGUCUGAACAGCAAGCACUGCAAGGCUUCUGACUAUCGGUUAAAGGAGGGGACAAAUACUCACAGGAAGAGUGGAGGGUGCAAUCUUGAUGGCUUACUGAAGUGUGGCUUUGCUCAGAGUUCCUCUUCCACCACUCAUCACUCCAGAGGCCUCUCCCACUCUAGGUCAGGAAGAAGUGAAGAUUUCUUUUACAUUAAGGUGAACCAUAAACCGAGGUCUACGCACCACAGAGAGAGAUCAUUGGAAGAUGUUGCGAGUAGAGACAAGGACUCUGAUGGACGAUCGCAACCAAAACUGCUGUUCAUGCCAGGAAAGAUUUUAGAGAGGCCUCCUGCUGAGAAAUCGCUCGUCCAUACCACCGCCUUCAAGUCGGUGAACACAACGACGGCUUCAUCCACAGAGACUGGCCACGUCCUCUGUCCCAUGAGGAAAGCAAGUACUCCGAAUGUUGGACACAAACAAGACCCCUUAGGAACUCUCUCUGACUCUGGGCGUAACUCAAUGUCUAGCCUCCCUACCCACAGCACCAGUGGCAGUCUAAGAGCCUCCACAGGCCUUGUCAGUCAGAAUGAUGGGAGCUCAGGUCUGCUAAACAGCCUCUGCAAAGGACAACAGCCCAAUUUCCCUCCAUGGGUCAAUGGAAAUAACACAAACCUCGAAAGCAGUUACAGGGCUUGUUUAAGCAGCAGUGUGUUGGCUUCUAAGGCUAAUGAGGAUGCUGGCUCCCCACUGUCUGCAGACGAACCAAGAACUCUUUCAGAAACGGCAGGUGGGAUCCGGUCCCCCAUAACGACAGAUGAGUUGCUGAUUGAGCAUCUAGAACAGAGACUGCUGGAGAGGGAAAAUGAACUUCAGGAGCUGCAGGUGAGUUUAGAGUUGAAGGAGGCAGAAACGUGUCAUUUGUUUGAGGAGAGACAAAAGUUCUGCGCAGAGGAGAUGGACGGACUGAAGCAGCGGUGCACCACACAGCUGCGAGAAGUGUCUCAGAUGAAUGCAAAAACCCACCAGGCUCUUCAACUGCAAGUUUGCUACCUCCAGAAAGAAAAUGGAAAGCUCCAGGAAGAUCUCUCGAAGCUCACGCGAGAGAAGGACCUCGUUGAACUCAGACUGAGGUCAUAUGAGAAAGAGAGCACCCAACUCGUGCCAACACUUGAGGAAACCCAGUGGGAGGUGUGUCAGAAGUCAGGAGAAAUCUCUUUAUUGAAGCAGCAACUGAGGGACUGCCAAGCGGACGUGAGCCACAAGCUAAAUGAGAUUGUAAGUCUCAAAGCAUCACUAAAGGAAAACACAGCAAAAGUGGAGAGGCUCGAGCAACAGAACAAGGACUAUGAAGACAAACUCCAGUCAUGCACCAGAGAGGUUGAGGUGUACCAAAAUGAACUUCAGCGCAAAAAGGUUGAGGCUGAUUUUCUGAGAGACAACGUUGGCAAACUGGAGCAAGACAUUCAGCAAGUCAAACAGGAUCUUGUUGCAGCUGAAGAGCAGAAGCUGCAGAAAAGCACUGAACUUAAAAAUCCAAUCCAGGAGUUAGACUCCCUUGACCAGGUCCGAGGGUCAGAGAACAAGAAGUGCAUUUUCACCGGCUCACUCCAAAGAGAAGUGGAGAGACUGAAGCAGGAGCUCAGAGAGGAGAAGAAUGCUCAGGGGAAAAUGGUCAGCAGCUUUGAGCUGGAGAGGCAGACUUGGAACCAGGAGAAAGACAGGGUGAUCAAAUACCAGAAGCAGCUCCAGAUCAAUUACCUGCAGAUGCACAAGAAGAACAAAGACCUGGAGAGGAUCCUGAAGGAGCUGACGGCCGAGCUGGAGAGCCGAACAGAGCUGGGCUUGGACCUCAGAUACAGUGCAGGGUUACAAACUUAUGAGGAUGUUAUUGCCACAGAGAUUUGAGAGAAGCAGCCAUUUGUAUCUUUUCUAAAAACACAAACACAGUUUGACACUUACUUCAAGCACUGACUGUUUUUUUUAUAGCUUAGCUUAUUUAUUCAAAUGUGGGUAUUAUAGCAUAAUCAAUGCUACUGAGAAUAGUUAUUGAUUAUCUCAUUGUUCUUGUUUAAAAGUAAAUUAUAGAUUUGUUAUGUUUAAAUUUGAUUAUUUUUUUUUAAUUAUUCUGUCCAACAAGAACAAUUGUGGUUUUAAUUUGACGUACUAGUUGAGAGAAAGUGUUUGUAUGUUAAUAGUAUUGUCUUAUAGAACCAUGGAGUAAUCAUGAUCAUUUUCCAUGACAUGUUCCAUGACAGUAAGACAACGAGGUCUUGUGUUAUAAAUUAGCACUGAUUAAUCUUGAUCUGUCUCUCACUGUAUAUUUCCCCCAUUUUCACUUUUAAGCAAAAAAGUUUGAACUGUACAGUCUUUUCAAAUAAGCACACAUAUCUGCAAAUGCUUCCCUUUAUUUCACUAAUGUGCUGUAAACAGUAUUGACCUAAAAUACAUGUUUUAGUCACCUUUAAUAAGUCGUGUGUUUUCACCCUAAAAAUUUAAUACUUGUAUUUGUAAAAAACCGGCAAAUUGAAUAUAUUAUUGUCAGUCUUUAGAUCUUGUAAAAUGUAACCUUUCUUACAGCAUUUCAGUGUUUAGUAUAUUUAUCUUGCCAAUAAAGAUGUUUAUUUGUGUGAACAUCUCAUAGGACAUAUUUACAGCUGAAACCAGAUAUUUUCAUAACCUGAAUAAAUUCCUGAUUGUCUGACAUCAAAUGUGACAGAACUUCACAGUUAGGAUUAUAAAAACUAUUUUAAAAUUAUUUCGGUUUUCUAACUUCAACAACCAUGAGUGAGAAGAUUUCUUCAAAUGUACUUUCUUCACAUUUCGAACCUAUACAUUUCCUAAGAACAUUGUCAGGAGAUAUAGCCAGGUUUGAAUUUACACGCCUUCAGGUAUAUGGAGGUGGACUCUACACUGUAAUUUUAAAGUAAAUGUUGCUAUCAACGGAGACCAGAUGAGUCUAGAUAGUGAUGGAGGGUAGACUCUGUUAUAGAACUAAAUGAAAUCCCAAUUCAGUUUAUUAAAAAUGCAUUAUUCAUAACAAGAGUCAAAGUGGACAUGGAAACUUCAGAGGAGUUGUAGAAGUUGGAGUUGCACUACUGUUUGUUGGACUAUCAAAAUUUGCUCUAACUACACAAGGCGUGUGGUUUUAUCGAAACAAAAUGUAAAAAUGUUUGAGAACACUGAAUACUUUUCCACAGUACAUUAUUUGGUGAUACAGUGGUCUGAGGGGUCUGCAGUACAAGACCCCAACAUCCAUAAUCUUUCGUUGUCUCUUUUUUUUUUUUUGUCUCAACUAAAAUUCUGUUGAUUUUAGUUGAAGGGGAAAAUAUUUUUCACUAACUAUUAGUCCAGGUUCUCAUCGAAUGCGUACACAGCGCUCCCUCUCCAUCCACUUCACACUCAGGGGACCACUGAAAGACGAAUAGGCACGCACAGUGUUAGUAAUCUGUUUAAAAGGGAUAGUUUAGAUUGCUUUGCUACCCACCAGAGUCUUACAUUACCUCUGAAAGUCAGGGGAGAUUUAGAGUCAGACAAAUUUAUUGGAACUGAGGUGCUGUGACCACUGGCUGAGAAACUGAAGUGACUGAUAAGACCUUCACAUCACUUUAUUCUAAGCCUCUGUCAAGGCAUGUGCGGAGGCGAACCCAAAUGCAGCCCUCAACUCCAUCGCCAGACAGGUAGAGGCAAAAAAUACAUUUGAUUUUAAUGAAAACAAAAGGAGCUGCACAGGCAGUAGUUCAAGAAACAUAAAAGCAGAAAUGUGAAGCCAAGCAUCGGAAAACAAAACUGGUUUUGACAUUAGGUGAGCACUACAAAAAAAAGAGAAAAGAUGAAAAAGAAAUGAAAUAAGAAAAAGGUCCAACUACACACAAAGAAAAUGACUGAGGGAAACCAGUGGUGUUAAAAUACGAGGCCUUAUUGUGGGUAUAAAGCAGAAAAGGAUAAAUGUAUUGUCUACUAACAUAAAAUUUACACCAUGAUACACAGAAAUCAAAGUAAUAAAUUAAGUUGAUGUCGCUGAAUGACACAAGGACAACAUAUUGAACACGCUCAAUGUAAUUGACUAAAUAAAACUGGAAUAGAGAAUCCUUUCUUGAUAAACUUUGGCAGCAUGCAUUGCUCAAGUGCGACUUUGAGUAGUUCACCCUGACCAACUGCGUUUAAAUCUUAAAGUUUCUGAAAGUCUCUCCUCUCACUCUGAUCUUUUUCAUUUGGAUUCAAGUCAGACUGACUGAGCCAUUCUAGCGGCUUUAUUUUCUUUUUCUGAAAUCAACACCUUCCUUGGCUGUUUGUUUGGGAUCACUGUCAGGCAAAAAAAAAAAAAAAAAAUGUCCCUCUUUCAUCUACUUAUCAAGGAACUUGUAUUAAAUUUCUCCAUUCAUCCCUUCUUCAGUUAUAUAAAGCCUCCUAGUAUCAUACAUGCCAUAUGGUGCUGGCAGUACUGUAACUGUGUAACCUUCACUGUUGGUAUGGUGUUCUUGGAUGGUCAUUUCAAUCCCAAACACAUCUCCAAGCAUGUCCCGGUGAUUAUGGUGAAAUUGUAUUUUUUGCAUCUGUAGAUUACUGUUCGAACAAUGUUCAUUGGAGAAUUUAGGAGUUUAGACGUAUCUCUGUAACCAAAGCCACUGGUUGGUUGUUUAGCAUUAAGGUUGGGAAAGCCAUGAGAGAGAUCUUUGACUGUACCGCUCAUGAGAGACUUCUUAGCCUUGAUCUCGGCAAACCCAUCAGAGAAACCCUUUCACAUUAUUUGGACUGAAGGAUUGCUUUCUGCAUACACAUAUAAAUCAGCUGGUGCCUUUCUGCAUCUUUGUUUUCUCUUGUGUCUUCAUACCAAUAGCACUGUUAGAAAUAUAUUUAAAGGAAGAAAAUCUCCAAAUUAAUUAGAGGCCGCACAAGUUACAGCAAACAAUGACAGCAUUGGGGAAGUGCUGGUGAAUUAUGAAAGGUUUCAAAAGAUCUUUGAUGUUGCUUCUUAAAAAAAACAAAAUUCUCUGUCAGUCAAUCAGUCUGUAGUCAGUCUACUUGUCUUAUCUUGCCCUAUGUUUCAUUUACAAGAAGAAUUUUACUUUUUCUUCCGUGUUCAAAAGUACAAGGUGAGCAGUGUUCAUGCAUGAACGUUUUCAACCAAUUUGUAACUAAAAAUUUCUUUCAUGUCACAUAUGGCUGAAAAAUGAAUGGAUUAAGCAAACCAGUUAAUUCUUCACCUACAUUUUGACACAUUUCUAACGCAGACUUAUCAAAAAAGCAAUUUUUGUAGUCUGUCAAGUGUAUAUGACCUCAUAACCCACAUUUUGUUUUCUGGUUUGGUUCACAAACUGUUAAAAAAUUGCAGACUGUUCCUACAUAGGGAAUGUAUUUUGAGAGGG